AAUCAAUAUGAGUAUUAAUACAGGAGAAGCAGAAAAAUAAAAUAUGAACAAAAAAACUACAAUUUAGUUAAUAUUUAUGUUUUUUUUUAACAUUUCUUUCUUUUUAUUCUCAUUUCAGUGUUGGGAGGAAUGCAGUAAGGCGCCACCGGGUAAAAUCAGUAAAACCAUACGUGAAACAUGGUCUUUGCACACUGUCUCCAUGGUUCAGCAAGACUCUUUAGUGCUGGUGGAUGUUGCUUGGGAACAAUUAAGCGUACCCUAUCAGUGUCUGGUCACCUGGGAGGUAUCGGGUGGCGGUUUAAUGGGCAACUUAUUGACAGAAUCGUUUAAUGUGCAAUUGUCUUUGUGGCCAGAUACGAAAUAUCGUGUACAGGUGACUUGUAAAAAUAAGCUCACUGGUUUCAUGUCACGUUCAUUGCCCCUAAUCAUCGACACAUCGGAGGCUGUUAAGGCUAUUGAGACAACUGUACCACAACUAAGACCAACCAUACGUAAACAAGCCAUAGCUUCCUACAUCACCAAUAUACCCCUACCCACUACAACAAUCCCACCAACAGCUCCACCACAACCAACACCAACAUUCCCCACACGGUCGUCAGCGGCUAAACAAGCGCCAGCACAAUUCCCAGUAGAUAAUAGAGCUGAUGACGAUGACAUUGAUACAAAUGUAGUUCCUUAUGAUGAUCAACAAUCGGCUGAGACUAUAAAUCAACAUACAAACUUUAUCUUUAACUGGCAUAUGAAGAAGAAUAGCGAUAUAAGUGCCAUUGAACCGUUGCACAAAACCGAACAAGACAUAUUGGCAGUGCUGGCCAACAUACACAAACCGCUAUUGUUUGGCAUGACAGCUGGCAUUACAUUGUUAAUGCUGUUGCUCAUGUUCUUUGCAUGUCCUUUGAGAAAGCCCAGAUUAUCGAGUGAUAAGGCCAUGUUAAUGGCUGAAGAUUUAAAUGCUCACGGUCUGACAUUGCCACCGGCCUUGACGGCGUCACGAUCGAUAGGAGUGACAACAAGAAACGACAGAAUCGAACAUGAAUGUAAAUCACCUGCUAUGUGCUCAAGAGAUACUUUGAGAGUUUGUAGCGGUCCCCUCUCAGCGGAUAGUCGUCAAGCAGAAAUAAAACAAACAGCAGCUGCAAUGACCGUUUCGCAGAACUUUAUCUUUGUUUCUUGUACAUUGAAGGGUAUCGGUAUCAUUAAAGAUGCGAUCGGUAAAUUCUUCAAAGACGUGCCAGUUAGCAUUAUUUUUGUCAAUGUAAUUAUGGCGUUCGAAGACGAUGAAACCUGGACGCGAUCCAGACAAGCUAUUAUGGACAAAUGCUUUGACCGUGGAGAAAAUACUGCUCGUCAAGUUAUGCAAUUGAGCAUAUUAGAACUUGCUAUUGUGACGUAUCCAAUUAAGGCUUUAUUGAUUGGAAUGAACUGGACAUCUCACGGCUACAUGUUAGAUUUUAAGUGA